CCCACUUCCUCAUAAGUCAUAUCCACUAACUCUUUAUUUUUAUAGUCUACACUCCACCAAGCUCAAUCAUUCGUCUUUCUUUCAAUGGCUUUAGAGGCUUUGAAUUCUCCAACACCACCCACCGCUCCCUUCCCUACCACUACCACCUACCAACAACAAGAGGAGGACCUUGAUCUUCAAUUCCGCGACCCUUGGGCUAAAAGAAAACGCUCUAAACGACCGCGUUUCGACACCGAAGAAGAGUACCUCGCUCUUUGCCUCAUCAUGCUCGCACAAGGCGGAAAAAACAACACCAACACCCAACCCUCACCGUCACCGCCACCGCCACCGCCGCUCAAACUAACUCACAGCUGCACCGUUUGCAACAAAGCCUUUCCUUCCUACCAAGCACUCGGCGGACACAAGGCCAGCCAUCGUAAAUCCUCCUCGGAACCCACCGCCACCGCCGCCGCCGCAGCCAACGACGGCGUUUCGGCCUCCACCACAGGCGGCGGAAGGAUGCACGAGUGUUCCAUCUGUCACAAGGCUUUCCCGACGGGUCAGGCUUUGGGCGGACACAAGCGCUGCCACUACGACGGCGGGAACACCCACAGCAGCGGCGUCACUUCCUCCGACGGCGGUGCUGCCUCCUCCUCUCACACCCUCCGCGGGUUUGACCUGAACUUGCCGGCGCCGCUGACGGAGUUCUGGGCGCCGGUGGGGUUGGACUUGGGGAAGAAGAACGCUGACCAAGAGGUGGAAAGCCCCUUGCCGGUAACCGCCAAGAGGUCGCGUUUGUUUCUUUCAGAAGACGCUCAUGACGAAACGCCGUAGCUUCAUUUGUUCGCCCAAUAUUAAAUAUUUAUUAUAAUUUUAUUGGAUUUGUUGUUAUCGUGAAUAUGAAUCGCACCCACUUUGCUUUUUUUUUCUUUUUCUUUUUUUUUUUGGGUUAGGGGGAUUGGGAUUACUGAUUAGGUUCGGAUUUUGUUUCUGCUCUGCUCAUCUGUACAGACAAAAUUUGUUCAUUGCUUUUGGACUCUUCUUUGUCAUCCAUUCAAUCUAACAAUUUCUUUUCUCAGUAAUAUUUAUUUAUGCCCGAAUAAAUAUGUCUCAGUCUCCAUUAUAUAUUUA